CUCAAAAUAUUCCCAUUUGCUUCACACCGCUGAGUGACCGACUCCAGCCAGCACUUAACUUACAAUGCAGUAAAUGUUUGUAUCCCAUGUCCGUGUAUGUGAACGUGGGGCACCGGUAAUUUAGCGUACAUGUCUGACACCGGGGAGGAGUGGCAGGUUGCCCGGCGACGAAAAGGCGCAGCGCGGAAAUCAAAAUCUCCUCAGGUGCCUUUGAAUUCAACAUGCUGCCAGGAUCAGCUGGACAUCGCGAAAACUAUUAAACGAAUCAGAGACACAGUGUCUGAGCUAAGAUGCGAGGAGUUUUGGCAAAAGUGGAAAAGCCUCUUGUUUGCAGAUCAGCUGCUGGUGGCAGGAUCAGCAUCCUUCUCAAAAGCUCCAGAGAACCAAACCACAGAGGACCCCACUGACCAGCUGGGGAGCAACAGAGAUGGCAGACUGUGUCAGCAGCUGGUGUGUGUGUGUUAUGGCCUUGGCUCCUUCUCCUCCUGUGUCUCCGCUCGUUACCAGCUUGCAAUGUUGCUGCUGCUGCUGGAUGCAGGACAGAUCUCACUGGAGGACUGCUCUGUUUACGACCCGGCAUUCUCCUCUGGAGAGAGGGAUGUCUUGAGAGAGCUGGGUCUGAAUGUACUCACAGAAAAUGAGGAGGGGAAGCAUCUGGUGACUAAGCCCACACUCUUUUACCUGAUGCAUUGUGGGAAGGCCCUGUACAACAACCUCCUAUGGAAGAACUGGAGUACACAAUGUCUACCUCAGAUGAUAAUCAUUGGAAACAGCUUUAAUGGCAUAAGGGACAGAACAAUCGAGAGAGAGUUCCAGCGGGACUACGGCUACAUCGCUCAGGCUGUGCCUGCGUGUGAGGAGAGACAGCUGCCGUGUCCGUCCCGUCUGAUUGAUGUCUUCAGUGACACGGCAGUUAUCACCUUUCCAACCAGCAGCCUUAACAGACUCCCACAAUCCAUGUGGGCAGAGCCACCUGAACCACAGUACCAACACUGCCCUGAUUUGGAGAUUAUUCUGAGGGAAACACGGAGCUGAGGCAGGAGAUCAACAAGAAAUGACAUGCUGUAUGUUUUUUUUAUAGGCAGUUUUUUAAUAAAUGAAUCAUGCUUUAAACUGAGAA